ACUCCUCGCUCCUAUUAAAUUGAGCCUACUUCGUGUGCCUUUCGUGAAGCUCACGACAACCCGAGAAGCCCGUCCUCUUCCGCUUCAUAAUGGUUGCUGCGCCGCCAGGGUAGCAAUUAAAAAAAAAAGCAGCGUCAAUUCCUCCUCGUCUCACCUCCAGGGAUACAUGCCUCUGUCCGAACGACGCAUCGACGACGCCCUGCCGUUCGCCAACCGCGCCCGGAUGCUUAUUUCGAUCCCGUCGUUGCGCACGGCUGGCUCCUAGCCCGACAAACUGGACGACAUGGCGAGAUGGUCGGGUCAGCCCUCUAUCAAGGGGAGCUCAGAGGCGGUGCGGAUGGCCUUGCUGACCCUUAACACCGUCGGCAUCACAUUCGUCUGGGGCGUAGAGCAGACUUACUGCACCCCCUACCUCCUCUCCCUCGGCCUGACGAAGAGUAAAACCUCGUUGGUAUGGAUCGCCGGCCCGCUCUCGGGGCUCAUCGUGCAACCGAUCGUGGGCGCUCUCGCGGACGAAUCGACGUCGAAAUGGGGGCGACGGCGACCCUUUAUCAUCGUCGGCUCCAUACUGUCGGCUCUGUGCCUCCUCGUGCUGGGAUUUACUAAGGAAAUCGUGGACUUCUUCGUCCCUGACAGCGAGGCCGCGCCGACUCUCACCGUCGCCGCUGCCGUGUUGUCCAUCUACGCCGUCGACUUCGCUAUCAAUGCUGUCAUGUCCGCGGCGAGGAGUCUGGUUGUCGACACCCUGCCGAUCGAAAAGCAACAAAGGGGGUCAGCCUGGGGUAGCCGGAUGUCGGCCAUCGGCCACGGUAUCGCCUAUGCGACUGGAGCCAUCGACUUGCCUUCGCUCCUGGGCACGUCCCUGGGCGACACUCAGUUCAAGCAGCUGACCGUCAUUGCCGCGAUCGGCCUCGUACUUACCUGCGGCGUUACGGCCUGGGCGGUGACGGAAAGGGUCCUAAUCGCCACGAGACACGAUCCUCGCAAGGACGAUGGGGGCUUCAAGGUCAUUGGCCAGAUCUGGUCGACUAUUGUCAACCUGCCGCCACGCAUACGGGCAAUCUGCAUGGCCCAAUUCUGGGCGUGGAUCGGGUGGUUCCCCUUUCUCUUUUACAGCACUACGUGGAUAGGCGAGACUUACUUCCGCUAUGAUACCCCAAGUGAGGCGAAGGACUCGGGGGACGCUUUAGGAGAAAUUGGCAGGGUCGGGAGCGAGGCGUUCCUCAUCUAUUCCAUCAUUACCUUCUUCGGCUCGUGGAUUCUACCCAUGGUCAUUAGAUCUCCUGACGAUGAGAGCUACACGCAGCGACCUCCGCAGAGUCUUCGGGGCGUCCUGGAGAAGUUUAAUAAAUAUAAGCCAGACCUUCUGACUGCAUGGAUGUGCGCCCACGCAACCUUCGCAGGCGCGAUGAUCUUCGCGCCUUUCGCCAGGAGCUUUAGAUUUGCGACUGUACUGGUUUGCCUCUGCGGCUUGCCUUGGAACAUAGCGUCGUGGGCACCGUCCGCCUUUCUCGGCGUCGAGGUCAACAGGCUGAGCGGGGCAACGGGAUCUGUCGCCUCCCACCGUCGCUCAUCGCACGACUCGAACGCGGAACUCGAAGAGAUGCACGAAAUAUCCAGUCCUACCUCCCUUCUAGACCCCGGUAGUCCCCAUGCCGCUUCGAAGUCGAGCACGACAGGUCAGCUUUCCGGCGUCUACUUCGGGAUCCUGAACAUCUACACGACCAUCCCGCAAUUUAUCGGCACCAUAAUCAGCACUGUCGUCUUCAGCAUACUUGAGCCGGGAAAAAGCCCAGAACUGGCGCACGGCGCACAGCCGGAAGAGCAACACGGUACGGACGGUCCGAAUGCGAUUGCCGUAUGCUUGUUCGUGGGAGCCUGCAGUGCCGUAGUGGCCGUAUUUGCGACUAGGAAGCUCAGAUACCUCUAAGUCUCCCUGUAUCAACAUUUUCAAGCAUCAUCACGUAACGUUACGGCAUUGUCACCGAAGCACCAAGAAAAAGGAAGAGGGGGGAGGGGGGUUGGCGUGGAUAUUUUGAAGAGGUAGAGGAAACUUAUAAUGAUCGCGUGGGAUUACGUUCUGAAAGACUAAGUAGACGGCGGCGGCGGCGGCGUUUAGGGGGAUAUGGUGUCAAGGAACAGGUCGGCCAAGCAUAGAAUGGAUUGAUUUUCGGGUCGUGUUGAUUGCUUCGUAUCUUCUAUGGCCGUUCCUAUCUAUAAAAACGCCCCCCGAGUGAGAGAGGACGAAAGAUGCGUAUCUACUCAUAAUAAUUAGGAGUAUGCAACCCGGUAUCCUACCUAUAUACGUAGGUAUUAGGUAAGUGCAUAGCUCCAAGUACCUAUGGUACUUACCCCAUAGGAAAAGCACGUAUGCAUGUAAGUAAAAUUGUGCAGCAACUGGCUUUAGGUACGGU